AUGAUGCAUUGCAGAUUAUUUAAACCUCACAGUGCCAUCGUUAUAAACAGGGAUAAAUCUUUUGUCCCCGAUGCAGUGUACGCCCCUGGACCCAGAAAAAUACCGAGUGAUAAACCACGAAAACCGUGCCGCAAAGGAGGGCUUUGCUUAAGAAUGGAUUGUCCAAGAAAGAAAUGCAGAAGGUACGCAGCUGCCAUGAGAAGAAAACAAAUGGGUAAAAAGGGUAGAAGGAUGUCUGAAAUCCCGUAUACGACUUUAGGUGUAACUGACGGUAAACCGAGGGCCAAAGGCACCCAGAAACAUAUGAAAGACGAUGACUCAGUAUGCGGUCUAGAUGAGAUUCCUAAACCUGAACAUGUACACAUACCGGCAAAUUUGAAACGUGGGACGUUAGAAACGCAUUCAUUAACAGUCCUACCGUGCACGAAAGAGCGAAGACCCGACGUUCAUUACGGCAUACUAACAGGAUCUUUCAACAUGUAUGACCCGAAAUUCGGUGGAAGGUCUAGAGGCAGACAAGCUCUAACUAUGAGUGUAAUGGCUUAUUGUUUAGCUUUUCAUUACCAUCCUAAGCAGUGGACGAUGAAAUUAAUUGAUAAUUUAAUAGAGGCUGGUGAUCAAUGGUAUGUCCAAUGUCUGGACAAGGUUCACGAUCAUUCUGCAGUGCAAGGAAUAUGCGAAGUAUUACCAUUCGGAAAGAAGCAAACGUUGGUUUUAAAUGGGAAGCGAAUGCAGGUGCUGCUUGGUGAGCCCGAGGUUGUUGGAUAUACCAUGUCCCUCGAUCCUACGGUCUAUAAUUUGUGCCGUGGUCUAAAAGCGUUCUUUAAAGAUAAUCGCGCUGGAGUCGUCCUGACAAGGGUAAUGAAAGUCGUGAUAUGGAAGGACAAGGUUUGCUUCUACAUAUUUGAUCCGGCCGGCAGAGACUCUAGAGCUUAUUCCAAUUUUGCUAACGGUUGUUCAGCUUUAAUAAACGUUAAAGAUCUUCAAGCAGUCGCUGAUGUCCUUCUAGCUCGUAGUGUCGUUGAAGACCAAAAGUUUGUGCUGGCCCCAGUCAAAGUAUUGAAAAUGAUUGAUGAAAAAUGCGACGAAGACUUUGAAUCGGACAAAGAACUAACUCAGGCUGAAAAAGCUAUGAUGGGUUACAGAAUUUUGAAUGAGAACUGUGCUAUUGUUAACGCGAAUAUGCAUUUAGGGGACAGGUGUUUUGAAGAAGCCAAAUUUCGACAAGCUAUUCCGAUAGCCGUCGUCGCGAUGACGUAUGCGAAGAUAUCCCCACCAAACACUUGGUUUUCAAAAACGCUGGACAAAGUCUUGCGCCUGGGCAAUAAAUUAUACAUGGACUGUUUGCACCCAAAAGUUAUGAUCGAUAUGACAAUUGACAACAUACCGAACGAAAUAAUAGUCGGCCCAUAUGCUUGCGAAAUAAUCAUGUACAGAGAAAGAGUAAAAGGACAGCUAUUUACCACAAAAGAAUGUAUAUUAAAUAUCAAAUCUGGUCUUGAAGAAUUUUUCAGUCAUGAAUACAAUAGCGGAAUAUUAGAUUUCAACAACUACGCGCUAGCUGUAUGGAGGCAAAAGGAUAUGUAUUACUUAUUUGACCCCUACCCUCGGACUAAUGACGGUUUGAGGUCUGUCAAUGUAGGGAGAGCCUGUUGCUGGAUGGUCCUUAAUCCGGAAACAAUGGCGGCUGUGUUUACAAAAAAUUGGGACUACUUGCCAGCCACGACGCAGUUUUACAUACACGCAUUCAAAGUGUUGAAGUUGAAAAAGAAGGAACCUAAGGCUCAAAUUGUCUGCACUUUGAGUGAUGAACAAUUACCUGGUGCAAAAGGGAAGAAGAGAAAGGUGCUGCCGAUGAGUAAAGCUCAUGGAGACGGCAAAGAGCUAUUUCAUGAUGUUUUGCCGCGAGAGGACUUUGAGCUACCUACACCUGGAGGGCCUCAAGUCGACGAAGAACAGAUGGGCGAUAUAAUUUCUCUAGUGGACAGCAUACAAGAAGACUACUUGCCACCUAUUCCGUUGAGAUAUAAAAAUGCCGCUCCGGAGCCUCUUGAAGACAAAGUUGUGAAUUUGGACUCUCCGACGGUAUCCGUAACACAAGUGGUGCCGCCGUGGCCGAAGCCACGUGAUAAGAGCAACGAGUUGCCCGAACCGGAUCCAGAUCCAGAACCAACCCCACCGCCUACCCCACCACCAGCACCGCCACCAGAGGGAGGUGCAGAAGAGGAGGAAGAAAUGGGUGAAGAGGAAGAAGACGAAGAGACAAUGAAAAGAAAGAAGGAAGAGGAAGAGAGAAGGAAAGCAGAAGAGGAAGAAGCGCGUAGAAAAGCUGAAGAGUUGCCUCCACCGCUGCCACCGCCGCCCCCCUCACCCCAACCGGAGCCAGAAGUUCCGCUGGCUCCCGCUGAAGUGGUGGAAGACGAAGUCCAGACAUUACCACCAGCUAACGUGGAUCGCCACAUCCUGUUAACCGAAGACGCGAGAUAUCGUUCCAAAUUACGACAACUCCGCAAGAAAAUGACUCAACCCCUAACAGAGGACCAAAUAGAAGUCAACGCAGAUGAUGAGCUGGCUAAACCCAGUAACUUCAAAAACCUUCCAGACAACACGCAGAUUAUACGCGGCUCCUCAGCUAUCAAUGAUGCGAAGACGAUAGACAUGUUACCAUUCGCUGCUAUAAUGGCUAUUGUUACGUCAUAUAAGUACAGUAUCAAUACGUGGACAGUUGGUAUAGUCAACUUUGUGGUGGACACAGCGAAAAAACUGUAUGACAAUAAGCAACAGAGAUUUCAACUUUCACCAGUCCAUGUUAUACCGAAAAUUGCUAUUGGGCAUCAGGCUUAUAAUGCAAACAUAGAUGUAGUAAGCGAAGGCCCAACUUGGCAACUAGAAGAGAUUUUGAAUCGCAAGUUUUUCAAUCGUACCGAUCGAGGCAUGGUCACCACAGCAACUUAUAGUUGUGCAUUCUUUAGAAAAAAUGGUCUUUACUAUUUAUACGAUGGCAGUUCUUGCAAUCCCAUGGGACUUAGAGAUGUAUCUGGGAAGGGAAAAGCUUGUCUUCUGAGGUUUAGGAACCUUCAUGACAUGGUUGCUAGAAUUUCAUACAACAAAGAUGGGAAGACUCAAGAACAACAAUUUGUACUAAGCAGAAUCAUUGUUAGAAGACUGUUAAACGAACCACGACUGCAAUUGCCGGAAGAUUACAAUUUUGAAACGGGAAUGCCCAAAUCCAACAAAUCCAGGUUUUCCAUCGUAGACAGUGGAAAGGGAUCAUCGGAUAAGAAGAAAUCUUCGAUAGACUCAUCAGAACCGAAGAGUGAAACUGCCAUUGGUUAUCAGUUAAUAAACGGUGUUUAUAGAAUCGAAGGUACAACAUCGCUGAAAGAUAAAAAGACAUCUUCAGAUGUAAAAUCAUGUCAUUUCGUUUGUUUGAUCGCCAUGCUGAUGGCUACUAUGCAUUCAAUUAGGACCUGGGAUCAUCUGCUUGUUGAUACAUGUAUAGAAAAGGGCCUCGAAAUAUUCGAAAAAGCGACGAACAAAAGCGUUUGCGAGAAAAGAGUAAUCAAAAACAUCAUUUUAGAUGGGAAGUUCAUUAACGUUAAUAUCAAGAAAAUUUUAGUUGUGAACGACAAUCCAGAGAAACGUCUCGACCAGUACUUGAGAGCCGUUCUUAAAAGACUUCGCUAUGUAAUAAUAAGGUUUUCCGCGUGCAGUCUUGUGAUUUGUCAAAGCGAAGGUUACUACCACUUGUUUGAUCCAUAUUCACCACCAUCAGAGAAAACUGAGCCAGCUGAGGCUGAGAAAAAGCAAGCUGCUGAGACUGGAACAUCUCCUAAAACGCCUAGUUCGGUAGCCGCCUGGACCCUGUACCGUUCCUUUGAUUCUCUCCUAGCGCGGCUACUGAAAAUCGCUUCAGACCCAAAUUCACCGGAGUUCUAUACCUUUGAGUUGACAUCCGUCAAAACGGCUCCACGCCACUCGGCUCUCAAUUACCGCCUAAGCCCACUUUUCAAAGCCGACGAAAAUCCAAACACACCAUAUUUGAAGCGUAAACGUGUACGGCCAAUAGUUGACGAAAAGAUGUACUGGUUGAACAUUGAGACUAUACCUUGGUCUCGAAUGAGCCCCGUCAAUGAUCUAGGCUUUGAAAGGAGGACUCCGAAGGCCAUGUGGAAGGAUUGGGAUAUUGAGUUUCCAGGGGAUUUGUAUUCGCUUUGGGGUUCCGUUCAUCCUAAAGAUUCGAAGUUCGACGAAAUGUUCCGUGGCAAACAGCAUCUAGCUACGUGCGUAGUCGCGCUGGUCAUGACGAAGGCUUGCAAUCUCAGCGCAUGGACUGGAAGUUUCCUUGAUGGGAUAGUUGAAAAUGGACACAACUAUCAUAAGAAAUGUCACGCCAAAGCGGCAGGAAAACCAAAUCACGAACUAACCCUAGAUUAUCUAGACUCGAAGUACGAUGAAAUGUAUCCAUACUCGUUUUCAUUUAAAUUCGAUAAAGUCAUAUUUGGCUUUGUUUAUAAUCUUCAACCGGAUCGGUUCAACUUGAGUAAAGCUAUGGUUUAUUUCUUUGAAAAGCACUCUCUCGGUAUAUUAAUAAGUCCUGCAAAAAAUUUGGCGUUUGGAAGGACUGGCACGUCCUUCUUUAUGUUCGACUGCCAAAGUUAUGGUGCCCCCGUGUUUUGUCCUGGUCAAGGGGCCUCAUAUAUUUUAAAAUGUGAGAGUCUUAAUCGCCUUAUCUAUUGCAUUACGAUAACCCUGAACACGAGGCGACAUGGCCAGCAAUUCCAUUUAUUUAAUGUUAAUGUAACACUAUCCGAGAAAUCGAAAUAA